GAAGCCAGCGAACGCAACUCGCCUCGAUUCGCGCGAUCGCCAGUGCUAUAUAUAUAACCACACACAUAUCCAAGAUAUAUAUAUAUACAGUUCCCUUCGGGGCGGAGAGUUAUAGAUAAACGCCUAGCGGAAAGGCAGUGCAAAAACAAAGCGCAGUUAGAUAAAGAUAACACAGUUCCCAUGCCAAGAGGCGCACAGUGCAAGUGAAGUGAAACGAGAACGCAGUUGAGUGGCAACAGGGAAAUACGGAGGAGACAUUAGCAAAACUGAGGAGGAGGAGAGUCGUCUCGAUAUCGGAAUAGGAAUGCAAAUGUGAUACACGAGCGAGCUCCCUUCCAACGCCAUAGAUAUACUCUACAAUCUACACUUAGAACAAAAACUAACCAAGUGAAACCGAAUGACUAUGACUUCAACGGUGCUCCAGCGGCCAGUUCAAGCCAAGCCAGAUCGUGGUGGAGCCUCCACAAAGUCAUCCAAGUCAUCCAGUGCCAGUGCCAACCGAAGCAAUCGCUCCACCAUGGCCUGGUCCAAUGAGAAGCUGCGCUUCUCCUGCAUCGACAACAUUGGGCUCAAGCAGCUCUGGAAGCUGAUUGCCCUGGACACGGGUGCCUCCUCCAAGCAGCGUAGUGCCAUGAUGCUGGAAGUGGAGCAACAGCAGCAGCAGCAGCAGCAGCAGCAGCAGCAGCAAUCGAACAAUAACAACGAGCGGAUUCCUUAUGAGAACUGCGACAACUUGGCCGACUAUUUGAGUCUUCAAAGAGCGGCCCAGGCUCAGAAGCUCAACCAGAAUCAGAAUCAAAACCAGAACCAGAACCAGAACCAGAGCCAAAACCACAUCCAGUCCCAGGCUCCGGCCCAGAUGUCACUGCUCAAGUUCUUGGCCAUCAACGCCUUGGAGCUGAGCGCCCCAGCUACCCCGCAUCUCCUCCAGCACCAGCAGACACAGACUCAGGUCAAGCCCCAGGGCUGGAUGCAGCUGUCCGGUCACCCCGAGAGCAUUGUUCCCACGUCCACGGGAAUCGUGCGAAAGCGAAUUGUCGGGAUUGAGGAUAGCGAGGUCCAUGCCUACCGAUGGAUUUGCCAAGAGCCGCAGACUGCCCAGAUUGUGCCCGCUUACUUUGGGAUGCGGGAGAUGCAGUCGCAGCACUAUAUCGAGCUUCAAGAUCUCCUCGCCGGCUUCCGGGACCCAUGCGUGAUGGACAUCAAGAUGGGCAGCCGCACCUUCCUUGAAUCGGAGGUCAGCAACGCCACUCUGCGGCCCGAUCUCUACCAGAAGAUGAUCGCCGUGGAUGCUGGGGCACCCACACCGGCAGAGCACGAGGCGAGAGCCAUUACCAAGCUGCGAUACAUGACCUUCCGGGAGUCGCUCUCCUCCUCCCACUCCAAGGGCUUCCGGAUAGAGGCCCUGCGCCUGCGCGGACGUCCACCCAUCAAGGACUUGAAGACCUGCCGCACCAGCGAGCAGAUUGGCCAGACCAUCGAACAGUUCCUGGCCGCCCGCAGGUCCGUGCAGAAGGAGCUGCUGAAGCGGCUCAAGCACAUGCGCCUGGUCAUCGAGCAGUCGUCCUUCUUCGCCCGCCACGAGAUCGUCGGCUCCAGCAUCUUCAUCGUCUACGAUGACGACCGCGUUGGUGCCUGGCUGAUUGACUUCGCCAAGUCCCGGGAGCUGCCCCCGCAAGUGCGGGUGGAUCAUCGAAGCGCCUGGACGCCGGGCAACCGGGAGGAGGGUCUGCUCCGGGGCAUGGACGAGCUGAUUCGCGCCUUCGAGGACGUCUACGCUCGCAGCGGCUCCCACCGCAGCUGCCUCAAGAUAUGAUCAAGAUCCAAAGCAGUGGCUGGACUUGCGCACCAAAAGACUGAUCAUCACCCAAGCUCCAUUCUGUACAGAAAGAGGAAAAAAUGAAUAGAUAGGAUUCAUCGCAUCGGCCGCUCUUGGGCCACACCCUAUAAAGUUACCUUAUUCUUUUCCAUAUUGGAAAACCCCGCCGAAGGCUUAGAAACUACAAAGCUGGAGGAGAAAUUAACGAUUAGUAUUGAUCACCAAGCAGCAUUUGUUUGAGAAAAACAGGUCUAAAAUAAGUAUUUGUGGAAAAAGAUAUAAAGCUGAACGCAAAAAUAAAUGAGAUAAGAAAAUUAA